AAGAAAAGGAGGCUCGCAGAUUUUUCCAACAAAUUAUCUCAGGAGUGGAUUACUGCCAUAGACACAUGGUAGUCCAUAGGGACCUUAAACCUGAGAAUCUCCUUCUGGAUGCCCAAGCAAAUGUAAAAAUAGCAGACUUUGGAUUAUCCAACAUGAUGACGGAUGGUGAAUUCCUGCGAACAAGUUGUGGAUCACCAAAUUAUGCAGCCCCUGAAGUUAUAUCUGGAAAACUUUAUGCAGGUCCAGAGGUGGAUAUAUGGAGUUGUGGGGUGAUUCUUUAUGCCCUUUUAUGUGGAAGUCUUCCCUUUGAUGAUGAACAUAUACCAACCCUAUUCAAGAAAAUAAAAGGAGGUGUAUUUUAUAUACCAUCACAUCUGUCAUCAGAGACAAGCAGUCUGGUAUCAUCAAUGUUACGUGUUGAUCCCAUGAAGAGAGCAACAAUGCAGCAAAUAAAGAAUCAUGACUGGUUCAAGAAGGAUCUACCAGUUUAUCUCUUCCCAUCAUCUUGCUUAGAAAGUGAUAUGGUAGACCAGGAGUGCUUAGCAUUAGUGUGUGAGAAACUAAACUGCAGUGAAAGUGAUGUGCGAUGGGCAAUAAAAAAUGGAGAUCCUCAUGACCAACUGAAGAUUGCUUAUCAUCUGAUACUUGACAACAAGAGAAUGAAAAUGUUGGCAGCUCAGGGAGAAAGUAAUGUGAAGGACUUCUACUCUUCUGUUUCACCUCCUAUCUCCUCCUUUCUUAUUAAAGAACCAGCAUCACCUGUGCAAAAGGCCGUGUCUUCAAAUGAAAGUUUUCCAAAUACAGCCAUGACUAAAGCAAGAUCCAAUUCUAACCCAACAACACCCUCCAAAAAAAUCCCAUACCUGAGGCUAGCACUUGGAAAGCGACCUAAAUGGCAUUUGGGCAUUCGAUCACAGAGCAAGCCAAAUGAUAUUAUGGGUGAAGUUUACCGCGCAAUGAUGUCUUUAGGUUAUGAAUGGAAAAUCAUAAACCCCUUUAAUUUGAGAGUGCUUAGAAGAAACAGGAUAACUGGAAAAUUUACCAAGAUCGCCGUUCAGUUGUAUCAGGUCGAUCAUAAAAGUUACCUCCUGGACUUCAAAAGCCUUCCCACCCCGGAAAUCCCUCCAGAACACACGGAAGGAACUCUAUCGGGAAAGUCAUCCAGAAAAUCGUCUGCAAACUCGUCGUUCAACAGUCUGAAAGACUCUGAUAGUUUCACGAGCCCAACUGGCUCACAUCACACGAUGGAAUUCAUGGAAAUGUGUGCAAGUCUCAUCAUCGCUUUGGCCUGCUAACGAAGUUACAAAUUGUUGAAAGGUGGAGCAUUGUGGGUAAAGUGAUGAGGUGAUCGCAAAGUUUCGGAACUUCGAUCGAAUAAGAAGACUUUCUUGAAUUCGGAGGCUUCAUUUCUCGUCUCCGGCUCGACUUCCAA